CCCGAAGGCUCCUCUAGAUCACAGUCCAGAGCUCCAUUUGGGAUCGAGAUGCCAAGCAAACCUGCGCCCAUCAAGAAAUCUCCAGCCAAGAAGGCUGUCGAUAAGGCGCCUGAAGCCGCUCCCGCGGAGGCGCCACCUGUUGAAGCUCCACCUGCAGAAGCUCCACCUGCGGAAGCUCCUCCUGCCGAAGCUGCUCCUGUUGAGGCUCCAGCGGAGGCAGCUUCUUCAGCCGAGGGGGAAGCGACUCCCGCUGCCCCAGCCGAGGAUACCGCUGCGGCUGAGGGAAGCGCACCAGCUGGCGCUGCUGAAGAUGGGGCCGCUGCUCCUGCUGCAGAAGCUCCAGUAGAUGCUGCACCCGCAGAAGCUGCUGUAGUUGAGGAGCCACCCAAAGCACCCACGCCUCCACCUCCUGCAGUCCCCACCAGUGCUCCUGUAGAAGUAUCUGUGGAUGAUGUGAAUGACUCCAGCCUCACGAUUAAGUGGAAAACUCCAGAGACCAUCGGAGACUCUGGCUUAGAUGGAUACACUGUCGAGUACUGCAAGGAUGGAACAACAGACUGGGUUGUAGCUACUACAGAGCUGACCUCGACUAACCGCUACUGCAUCAAGAACCUGACAUCUGGUGACCUGCUGCAUGUGCGCGUAGUGGCUGUAAACCCCGGAGGUCGCAGUGAGCCUGGAACACUCGCUGAGCCUGUGCCGAUCCGUGAGAUAGUUGAACGGCCCAAGAUUCGCUUGCCUCGCAUUCUCAGAUCCCGCUACAUCAAGCAGGUUGGAGAGCAGAUCAAUCUGGUCAUCCCAUUCAAUGGAAAGCCCAAACCCACAGUGUCCUGGCUGAAGGAUGGCCAGCCUUUGGAUACAAAGAGGGUCAACAUAAGGAACACUGACAGGGACAGCAUCGUGUUUGUCCGCAGUGCUCAGAGGGAGGACUCUGGCGUUUACGAGAUGGCUUUAAAAGUGGAUAGCUUUGAAGACAAAGCCACCCUCACCCUUCAGAUCGUGGAGCGUCCUGGUCCUCCGGCUAGCGUAAAGCUUGUGGACGCCUGGGGCUUUAAUGCUGCUCUGGAAUGGACUCCUCCAAAGGAUAAUGGCAAUUCAGACAUCACUGGAUACACUGUUCAGAAGGCUGACAGGAAGACCGGGGAAUGGUUUACCGUCCUAGAGCACUACCAUAGACUAACUGCUACCAUCUCUGACCUUAUCAUGGGCAACUCGUACUCCUUUAGGGUGUUCGCUGAGAAUCAAGUGGGCAUCAGUGAGACAAGCGCUAUCACCAAGGAAGUGGCAACUAUCCAGAAGACAGGUAUCGUCUACAAGCCUCCUGAAUACCAGGAACACAACUUCACUGAGGCCCCCAAGUUCACAACACCCCUCAUUGAUCGCGCAGCCACUGUAGGAUACACCACCAAGCUGCUGUGUUCUGUUCGUGGAUGUCCCAAGCCAAAGAUUGAGUGGUUGAAGAAUCAGAUGGUCAUUGGUGAUGACCCCAAGUUUCGUCAGUUGUCCAAUCAGGGCAUUUGCUCCCUCGAGAUCCGUAAGGCCUGUAGCUUUGAUGGUGGUGUGUACACCUGCAGAGCCAAGAAUGCCCAGGGAGAGGCCACAGUCUCCUGCAAACUGGAGGUCAAACAGACUAUCCUUCCAGAGGCUGACAAAGAGAAGGGCAAAUAAACCAACAUCUAAAAUUCAGCAGGGCAGAAGUUUUCAACCAGCAGAAGUCCAGGUCUUAUGUUUUAAGAGUGUUAGAGGAGGUGAAAGAAGAAGUUGUAGAUGGCUGUGCAGCAAUGUGUACAUAUCGAAUAGAGGGACAGAAAAACUCGCAAACGUCUCCAUAUUCAUCUCCACCUACACACCUUUUAGUAUACGAGGAAGACCCACACCACACCCAUCCUAGCUAUCCCAGUAUGCCAAAUGUUGUAUGUUACUUUAGUUGAUGACACGUAUGUAAGACUCUAUAUGUAAGACCAUAUUUAGCAGAUUUUUUCUGCCUUUGUCCAUUUGCUGUUUGUUACAGCAUGUGUACAGUCUAUGCACUACUCAAUUAAAAAGUGAUAUCAUGGACAUGCUAUUACGAAAUUUAUGUUUAAUAAAAAUUGUAUUUUAUCAAAUCUUAUGUGACUCUAAUUUCAAGACAAGCUGAAUUAAAGCUUCAAUAGUACAGUUUUUAUAUUUAUAUUUAGAUGCAUUGCAAAUUUUGAAUUAGGAUUUUAUACUAAAAUAACUAUUAAAAUGAGUCUUCUGGUUUUAGACAAAAUAUAAAGUUGGUAUAUAAAGGCUUGGAUAUCCUUUA